AUAAUACUAUAUAACACGAAUAAUCCGAAGGUAGUUGGGUUAGAUAUCAAGAAUAUUAAGGAUGUACCGUAAGUCCUAUCAAAGUGGAUUUUUAUCAAUCUUGUAUAGCUGUGGAUCAGCUCCUUUGGAAUCAUGGGGCAUGCACGUAAAGAAUGGAUAUAUAAGACGGGUCAUCGACGAAGAGGUAAAAUCAUUAGCGUUGGAAUUAGCUGGAACUAAUGUGGCAACAACCUACAUUUUUUGUCCAGCAGAGAAGAAAAAGGUUCUUGGAAUUUCAUUACCUUUUUUAAUAAUGAUUAUUAAGAAUAUGAAGAGAUAUUUCACCUUCGAGAUAACCAUUCUUGAUGACAAGAACAUGCAUAGAAGAUUUCGUGUAAGCAAUUUUCAAAGUACUACAAGAGUCCGUCCAUUUUGUACGACCAUGCCAAUCGGUUUAUCCGGGGGAUGGAAUCAAAUACAAUUUAAUUUAGCUGAUUUUACGCGACGUGCUUACGGCAGUAAUUACGUCGAAACGAUGAGGAUGCAAAUACACGCAAAUUGUAGAAUUCGACGGAUAUAUUUUGCGUCUAGAUUGUACAAUGACGAGGAAUUACCAGCUGAAUAUAAAUUGUUUUUACCUAUACAUCGAAAGAAAUGUGUCAGAGAGAAAGUUGACGUUACAAAAAUUAGUAAACACGAGAAACCAGAGGUCGAAGAACCACCAGUAUUAUAUAAAACUCCGUCCGAACAAAUUAUUAAAGAAGAAAUCAAAAAAGAUGUUGAACCUGAAAUUCCACCGGAAGUUCCAUUACCACCAGAAGAAGCCCAUAUUCCUGAAACCGAAGUACCGAUCGAAGAUGAAAUGGAAGAGGAUGAAUAUGAGAUAGAACAUGAAUAUGAAAUCGAUGAUAGACAUUUAUUUGAAGAGGAAGACACUGCAAUAGCUGCUAUCGGGGCAGCUGUCGAGGCAAUUACCGAGGAACAUGAAGAAGAGGACGAUUUUAUCUUAAAUGAAAUGGCCAUGGAAGAUGAGGGCUAACCGAAAGAAUAUGUUUCUGAAUGAUCAAGAUC